AUGAAACAAACACAUUAUAAGAAUAAUACCAGGGGUGACGUCACUCAGAUAGAAGUUAUUCAAGAGGCUCCCAGUGAUAUCCCCGCCUCCGAAGAGCCUUCCUCCAAUCCCCUCCCCGACGCCACAAUCCCCCCAAAGAGCCCUUACCCUCCAAUCCCCCCGACCACAAUCCAAGACCCCUUCUCCUACAAUCCCCCCGACCUCCACAAUCCAAGAGCCCUCCUCCAAUCCCCCCCCGACCACAAUCCAAAGAGCAUCCUCCAAUCCCCCCCGACCACAAUCCAGAGCCUCCCCUCCUCCCCCCGACCCACAAUCCCAAGAGGCCUCCCUCCAAUCCCCCCGACCACAAUCCAAGAGCCUCCCCCCUCCAAUCCCCCCCUCCGACGACCACAAUCCAGAGAAGCCUUCUCCAAUCCCCCUCCGACCACAAUCCAAGAGCCUUCUCCAAUCCCCCCCCCGACCAACAAUCCAAGAGCCAAUCCCCCCAUAAGCCCUCCUCCAAUCCCCCCCGACCACAAUCCAAGAGCCCUCCUCCAAUCCCCCAAACCAAUAUGCAAGAGCCCUCCUCCAAUACCCCCCGACCACAAUCAAGAAGCCUUCCUCCAAUCCAAUCCCCCCGACCACAAUCCAAGAGCCCUCCUCCAAUCCCCCAACCACAAUCCAAGAGCCUUCCUCCAAUCCCCCGACCACAAUCCAAGAGCCUCUCCAAUCCCCCCAAACCACAAUCCAAGAGCCAUCCUCCAAUCCCCCCGACCACAACUCCAAGAGCCCUCCUCCAAUCCCCCGACCACAAUCCAAGAGCCCUCCUCCAAAUCCCCCCACCCGACCACAAUCCAAGAGCCUUCCUCCAAUCCCCCCAACCACAAUCCAAGAGCCUUCCUCCAAUCCCCCCCACCACAAUCCAAGAGCCUUCCUCCAAUCCCCCCGACCCACAAUCAAGAGCCCUCCUCCAAUCCCCCAACCACAAUCCAAGAGCCUUCCUCCAAUCCCCCCGACGACCAACCAAUCCAAGAGCCUUCCUCCAAUCCCCCCGACCACAAUCCAAGAGCCUUCCUCCAAUCCCCCAACCACAAUCCAAGAGCCUUCCUCCAAUCCCCCCGACCACAAUCCAAGAGCCCUCCUCCAAUCCCCCCAAACCACAAUGCAAGAGCCCUCCUCCAAUACCCCCGACACAUCAAGAGCCUUCCUCCAAUCCCCCGACACAAUCCAAGAGCCCUACUCCAAUACCCCCCCCCAAACCACAAUCCAAGAGCCCUCCUCCAAUCCCCCCAACCACAAUCCAAGAGCCCUCCUCCAAUCCCCCCACCACAAUCCAAGAGCCUUCCUCCAAUCCCCCCAACCACAAUCCAAGCCCGCCCUCCUCCAAUCCCCCAAACCACCAAUCCAAGAGCCCUCCUCCAAUCCCCCCGACCACAAUCCAAGAGCCUUCCUCCAAUCCCCCCGACCACAAUCCAAGAGCCUUCCUCCAAUCCCCCAACCACAAUCCAAGAGCCCUCCUCCAAUCCCCCACCCCCGACCACAAUCCAAGAGCCUUCCUCCAAUCCCCCGACCACAAUCCAAGAGCCUUCCUCCAAUCCCCCCGACCACAAUCCAAGAGCCUUCCUCCAAUCCCCCCGACCACAAUCCAAGAGCCUUCCUCCAAUCCCCCCGACCACAAUCCAAGAGCCUUCCUCCAAUCCCCCCAAGACCACAAUCAAGAGCCUUCUCCAAUCUCCCCCGACCACAAUCCAAGAGCCUUCCUCCAAUCCCCCAACCACAAUCCAAGAGCCUUCCUCCAAUCCCCCCACCACAAUCCAAGAGCCUUCCUCCAAUCCCCCAACCACAAUCCAAGAGCCUUCCUUCCAAUCCUCCCGACACAAUCCAAGAGCCUUCCUCCAAUCCCCCCGACCACAAUCCAAGAGCCUUCCUCCAAUCCCCCCGACCACAAUCCAAGAGCCUUCCUCCAAUCCCCCCAACCACAAUCCAAGAGCUUCCUCCAAUCAUCGACCCACAAUCCAAGAGCCUUCCUCCAAUCCCCCCGACCACAAUCCAAGAGCCUUCCUCCAAUCCCCCCGACCACAAUCCAGAGCCUUCCAAUCCAAUCGACCACAAUCCAAGAGCCCUCCUCCAAUCCCCCCAACCACAAUCCAAGAGCCUUCCUCCAAUCCCCCCGACCACAAUCCAAGAGCUUCCUCCAAUCCCCCCGACCACAAUCCAAGAGCCUUCCUCCAAUCCCCCAACCACAAUCCAAGAGCCUUCCUCCAAUCCCCCGACCACAAUCCAAGAGCCUUCCUCCAAUCCCCCGACCACAAUCCAAGAGCCUUCCUCCAAUCCCCCGACCACAAUCCAAGAGCCAUCUAA